AGCAGUAAAAGUUAUGCACCGCCAGUAAAUAAAUUUGACACGCAAUCAAAGAACAGUGUACCAUCGCGAUGUAUGCCGUCCGAUCGUGUGUACUGUUGCUGUUGGUGGCGGCCAAAAACGUGUUGAAUUUUGAAGAGCUGAACGUAACGAAGCCAGCACCACUUUGCUGUAAGACGCCCGGUGGCCAACCGGCAUUGGCUAAGUGUGUAGGUACUGUUUUCGGUACAGUAUUUAAGUUCAACGAAAUAGUUCCACUUUAUGGUUCGGUCAUCGACACGGACAAUUGCAAGAAUGGUGCGACAGCAGACGAGACAGAUAAAAUCGGCGCUAUAGUGGCUUUACAAAAAUGUUGUCCGUCAAGCAAGUGGUACGAUGUGACGUCGAGCUCGUGCCGAUUUCGGCCUAAAACCGACGGGUGGCCUAGACUGAUCGACGUGUUGCUCGAUCUAGACCGGAGUACAGCCAUUGACGUUAACGAUUCUUGGGCGGUCGGCUACAAUUACAAUUUACCCAAGUGCAAUAAAUCUGAUGUGAUUGUUGAUUUGCCGGUAGAAGUGAACGCUUACCGUAUGUUGACCGGUAGUCCAAACGACCGGUGCGUGGAUUUUAAACUGGCGCCUCGAUGGCAUCAGACCAAUGGUCUAGUGAUGCGCGGGUGUCGGCCUAGACGUGACCACUGUAAAAAUAACACUUGUGUCAGGAAAUGCUGCUUACCAAACAAACUCAUUGUCGGAGAAUAUUGUAAUGAAACGACGGAUAUGCCACUUUUCUCACCGCCAAUUGUCCAAUACAAUACAGAUAGUAAUGAAGAGAAAUUGGAAAACGUCACCAUAUUACCUUUAUAUCAAAUAAAAUGUGAUCGGUAUCCAUUGAAAGAAUCGUUUCAUAUUCUUCCUGACGGAAGUCUUUAUCAGUUAUCAUCAAAAUUGACAGUUCCACAUGACGAAUAUUGCAUUGAUUACUACGCAGAAAACUUUACCACGCAAGAUAUUGUUAUGAAGGCGUUCAUUUGUUUCGAUAGAUCUGGGCCCACAACUUCGGUCGCCCCUGAUCAAGUCAAAGGAAGUUGGAAAUACAUUGUCUUAACGGCCGGCAUUGUGCCGUCACUUAUUUGUUUGACAAUUACCCUGAUAGUUUAUGGCAUUUUAACUAGUUUGCGUAACAUGCACGGCUACUACAUCAUGUGUUACGUGGCAUGCUUAUUGAUAUCAUACUCUUGUCUGUUGAUAGUCAACUGGAAAUCUGAUGAUUUAAGCCCUCCUAUUUGUACUACAAUUGGUUAUGUUACAUUGUUCGCAUUUCUCGCUUCUUUUUGCUGGCUCAAUGUAAUUUGUUUUGAUAUCUAUUGGACUCUAAGGUACACAAAUACGGUGCGUAGGAAAACUUCAAUAUCUAAACGAACAAUAUUCUACAAUAUCUACUGUUGGACAUUUGCCAUGACAUGUACCUGUUUGACUGUAGCUGCUCAAUUCUAUGGUUCUGGAACUAUCCCUGAACAACUAUUACCAAACAUGGGCUCUCAUAGUUGUUGGUUUACUAAUAGCAAUAAUAGUAUUGUGGUAUUCUUUUUGGUUCCAAUGUCAAUCAUGUUAUUGGUGAACAUAUUCUUAUUUUUAUUAACUGCCAUGCAUUGUGUCAGAAUCAAGUCAGAGCUUAACAAAUUCAAAAGAUCCGAUACAAAAACAAAAAGGUUUCAAGCUGAAAAAGAAAAAUUUAUUAUGAGUAUCAAAUUGUUUUUGGUAAUGGGAAUAUCAUGGACGUCAGAAGUUUUAGGAAGAAUUUUACCCCAAUUGCAGUAUGUUUGGGAAGUAUUAGAUUCAGUCAAUUCACUACAGGGCGUACUAAUAUUUUUUGUGUUUGUACUUAAACGUAAAGUCUUGUCAGAUUUAAAAAAAAAAUUAAAAAAGUCGUGCGACUUAUCCAAAGAUUCAACCAAAAUUUAUACUGUAUCGGGUACAUCACAGAAUGGAAGUUCUCGAAAAACAAGUAGUUAUAACUUCUAGAACUAUAAUAUAACAUUGUCAGUCUUAAAGUAAAAUUCAUACAAUUGAAUAUUAUUUAUUAUUACAUCACUAUUUUGAAUGGUACUAUAAAAAAAUUCAGCAUUAUCAUUAUGCUAUUUUAAUUUUAAUAAUGAGAUACUGUGAGUAUCAUUUUUACUAUGCCACUGAACUUCAUUGAUUAAAAUUUAUUGUAACAUUAUUUUAAUUAGUAUAAAAUUUAAGCAUAAAAUAUUCUUGAAAUUAAGAAAAAAUAACACUUAUAAAUUAAAUUAUUGAUUUAAAUGAGUAAUAGUAUACUUCGUUUAAUUUAAUUUCCAGUACAGUAAACCAUUGAAAAAUUCCAGUUCUAGAUUGUAAAAAUAUUUUAUAUAUUUCGUAAAACAUACAUUGAAAAGCUUGUCCAUAAAUUUAAUAACUAAAUUUAAACUUACAAUAGGUUAAAUUGAACAGUAGUAAAAAUCAUGUCGAUAAAUAAAAAAUUAGUUAACUAAUUCAUAUUAUUAAAUGUUCUGUAGUCAAGAAUCCUUGUAUAACACUUUUUUAGUCAUUAUUAUAAUUCAUUUAUUUCAAUAAUUAUAUUUAUAUAAUAUUUAUUUCAUUUUUCCUAAAAAAAUUACAGUCUGAUUUAUUAAGUAUACAUCCCCUAAUUUUUUGUUAAAUAAUUUAUAUAUAAAUAUAUGAAUAAAGUUUCAUUUAUACAUAAAUAAUGAUAAAUAUAAAUAAUGGAUUAAAUUAAUUAUUGAUUGGUCUAAAAUAAGUUUUAAAAUAUAAAUUAACUUGGUUCCGUUGGGUUAGGUUUUCUAUCAUAGUUAAUAUCAUUUUUAAAUAUAGACAAAAAGGAUAAGAGUCUUAAUAGACAUUUCCUCUGUGUGUUUGUAUAAUAUUAGUCUUUAAAUUAAUAGAUCAUAAGAAAUAUUAACGUGUUUCUCAACAUUUUUUAAUUUUUUAAUUCUAAUACCUUAAAAUUUAUUAUUUUAAAACUAUAUAUCAUACAGUUAACACGGCUUAUUACUCUUAGAAAAUACAUAUAUUCAUAAGGUAUAUUUAUCCUCUAUGAGUAAUUAUUAUGUGAUUGUUUUUGUCUUUUUUUAACUGAAUGUUUAUCAUGGUUUAUAGAUAAAUGAGUCAUAAUUAAUUAUUCAAUGAAUACUAAGAGAUAUACUACGACUUACUACUAAUAAAUAGUAGAUUAACUUUAUAUUAUUUAUUUAGUACUCAAAAAUAUAUUGUAUUAAGUUUUUACUGUAUUUUUUUCCAAGUUAUGUAUAAUUGUUGUUGUUUUUUUGUAUAUUUUGUGUAUUUUUUACGUUUUCCUAUAGCUGUUAAAUAUUAUUUAUCUAUAUAUACUAUUAUUAUAUUAUAUAAAAAAUACCUAAGAUAUUCACUAAAUUUAAAGAUAGAGAUUGUUAUCAAAUUCAUCUCUAUUAUUGUAAAUGUUAUAUUACUUGUUAUACAAGUAUUUAGUUUGUAUAAUUGAUUGAUAUUCAUAUUAAAAUUGCCAGUC